CCAAUCGCUGAUAAUACUUCUGCUAGUGUCCUCUUGAUAUCACCUCAAAAUCACAUCCUCCUACUGCGUCGAGUACAGACUUCAUCAUCUUUCGCUUCCGCACAUGUCUUCCCUGGCGGCAACAUAUCCUCUUUCCACGACGGUGACCCACCACCUCCUGAAGAUGCGAGUCGCCACCGCGAUAGCGAUGUCUACCGUAUGGCAGCUGUCCGCGAAACGUUCGAGGAGAGUGGUAUUCUGCUAGCGAGGACAAAAGAUGGAAGACUGUUGGAGGUAGACGAGGAAGAGAGGACAAAAGUUAGAAAGCUCGUGCAUGGAGACAAGAUCAAGUUUGAAGAUUGGCUGGAUGAGAAGGAUGCAAAGGCUGACCUUGAGAAUCUAAUCCCCUUCACUCGCUGGAUCACUCCUACCAAUCUACCCAAACGCUUUACGACACAGAUGUACAUCUACCUCCUGCCACUCAGCAACACGCCCAAGAACCUGCCUUCCUCAUCUUCUAGCGCCGAAGAAGACGAACCUGAGGUUAUGAUCCCUGUGCCCACCCACGACGGCGGCCUCGAACACACUGCUGCUCGCUUCCUUCCACCAGCGACUUGGCUACGUCUAGCCCGUGCCUCUCGCAUCGUGCUCUUUCCGCCUCAAUUCUUCCUCAUGUACCUACUCUCGCCCUUCCUCUGUCCCUCUGGCGAUGUCGGCAAAGAAGCUCCAGUACCAGAUGCGGCUACACUACAGAAGCAACGAGAUCAGGUGCUCGAAUUCGUCAAGGAGGGUAACUGGGGCGAGAAGUGCAUCUCACCAACAGUGUUGGGAGGCAAGAAGAGAGAGGAUGGCAGGGUAGUGUUGGGCCUUGAUAAGCCUGGUGCUGAGGCUGAGCCUGAGGGGAGGAAGGGAGAUAUGGAGAGAGUGGUGCUGGUUGAGUUCAAGAAAGAAGGUCCUAGGCGAGUAGAGGUCGGUUGGAGGAAGGAUGUACUGGCUGAAGGGCGCGAGACAAAGUUGUAA